UUCUACUAAAGUUUGGUUUCAGAUAAAAUGGUCGAGCAAAAAAAACUUUUUUCAAUGAUAGAUGCAGGGGGUAACUUAAAGACUUUGGGAAAUGAUAGUAUUGAUCCUUCUAAUAUCCUUCACGUGGAGCAUCUAGAUAAAGAAACUACUCAACAACAAAUCCUGAAAGCUAUUUCAAAUACGAAACUUCGCAAACCCACAGAUAUCCGUAUAGUGAGAAGAGCAGAAGAUGCCUCCGCUUUCCUAGAAUUUAGCUCUGUCCUAGCCGCAGAGCAGGUUCUUCAAAGGUUCAGACACUCUAUGUUCUCAGAGAAGCAAAAUAUGAGUUUUUUAAACCUUGGUGUUAAGAAAGAUAAACCCGGAGCCGGAGGGAACAAAGAGUUUGUUUUUAUUUAUUUUCAAAACUCCGGAACCCGGAUCUUGAACCUUACCCUUACCAGCUCCAGUAGCGAGAUAGAUACAGAGUUUAAAAAUGUCAAAGAUAUUCCGUCCUAUCUGGAGCAGUUUAGUCCUGGAACAGAACUAGUUGCUGUGUUUGUGUGUGUUCAUUCCUUUGAAAUAUUCCAAGUAAAGAGUGGGAAGCUUCUGGAAGACUUUUUCUCCUCCUGGACGGAUCUUAACACUCUGACAAUGGGACGGUUUGAUCCCUCCUUUCUCAAGCAUAUUUCCAAGGAUGAAUCCCGUCUUGAGGAUUUGUUUUCCGAGGAGUUUGAUGAACCCUUCCCUGAAUCUGAACCUGGAUCUCACAUUAUGAAAAGAUUGUUUAGCAAAUUUAAAUCUCCGGAGAAAUUUCUUAGUUACAUCCGGCUCCCGGUAUCUCCAUAUUUAGUUGCAGUGAUUGAUGUUGGUUUAGUGAAAAUAUCAACAUUGGACGGAGAUUACUCCGUGCUAGGUAGUAUAGCUGUACAUGGGGACGGGUUAGAUGGAUCAGAAUGGAGCUGCGGGGUUGAUCUUUCUUCUUACUCCGGCAGAAUAGAACCACAGUCAGCAGCAAGGUUGGAAUUGGAACAGUUGCGGAGUAAAAGCUGGAUGUAUGGAACUGGAAAGGAACGUGUUCCUUGCAUCCCGGAGAAAGAUGCUCUGGAUGAACUGCUCCGUAUAUUUGAAUCCUCUCUGAAAUCCCAGGACGGAACGGGCGGAGUUAUCCUUGUAUCAGUUCUAGAUGAUGAUAGUUUGGUGUAUCUGUUUGCUGGGAUGAGAAGGAACGGAUUGAUGAAGAAGUUUUUAGAUCUUAUUUCAGGUUUCUCCAAUCUUCAAACCUUGUUUAAGAAGAAGGAAGUUUCCAAGAAAAUCUUUAAUCUCAAGUUCCUGGAUAAAUUUGCUAGAAGUAUUCUUCCUGAUCUUGAGCCUACACGCCUAGAGAAGGCCCGGAGUAACGUCCUGGCCAAGGUUGGGUUUGCAACCCUGAAACAUAUUCUCCGGACUGAGUUAGAAAAUAAUCAGUUCUCAUCAAACUUCGCUUUUCCUAUUAUGUCAGGCGAAUUUAACAAAUUGCUCGGAGAAGCAAUAAAGAAACCAGAGCUGAAGAUAUUUGAUGAACAGUACUUAGAAUUACACCUGGAGCGUUCUGUUUCUCUUGAUCCUGACAAGGUUUCCCUGGUUUCUCUCCUUAUAGUACCCGGAGUCAGAGACAACAACAACACAUUGUUUGACAUUCUGCCGUUAAGUGAAUCCAGAACUGAAUUGUUUCAGAUUAAAACUUCUCAACAGAGAUCAAACACUUCUGGAGUUCUCCUUGUGAAAGUUAAGAACAUUACCAAGAAUAAGGUUAGGUUACCGAAAGGAAUGCUUUUUGGCUUAGUUGAACAAGCAGAGGAGGAUUCAAGCUCCUUAGAUGAACAAACCAUCUCAACCCGCAGUGCUUUUGUUAACCUGGAGAAGUUAUACAUCCAACCUAGCUCAGAGGAUUCUGAAACAUCAACGGAUAGUUUAAAUGAGAUCCUGAGUGAGGAUAAUACUGCUGAACAGGUUGGGCUGAGAUCCGAGGUUAGUGUGGAGAAUAAGUCCGAGGCUUUGGACGUAGACCUGGAGUUCAUGGCCUCCACGGCAUCAGAGUUUCUGGCGAAUGAUGAUUUAUUUAAGGAGCUUUCUGGUCACCUUACUCCGGUCCCACCCAUAGUAGAUAACUGGGAGGAACUGAACCCAACCUUUACAUCCUUCAAUAUUGAUUCCAACCUAGAUGUUGAGGGGAUGGAAGUACUAGAAGAAGAUCUCUCUCUGGUGCCAGAUUUACCUAUCUUUGAUCAGUUCUCCUCCCAAGACAAAAUACUGGAACCUACCGUUUCCCCUGAUUUUCUGGAGAUCAGUAUUGAACCUAAAUCUUUACACCAAAUCUCCGAAUCACCUGAGAUUACUGAAGUACCUAAACCUUUGACAGACCUUCAAGCAACCCCUGAAAAUAUGGAUAUGGAUAUUUCAGAGCUUGCUCCCCUCACACUAUCUACUAAAGUAUCCAGAGAGAGAGAACCAAUCCCGAUUGACGAGCUUAAACCUCUUGUUCCUCAGUUGAAAGUUAUAAAGGAAAAGAUAAAGAAAAAUACAUUUCAGGGUGAUCUUUCCGACCAGUUCCCCUCCCUAAUGGGUGACACAGAGUACACGCCGUUGUUUGCAACCAUGAUACAGUACACUGGGUGCAGACUGGAGGACAUAGAUUACGAUUUUCUGGAUUUCGGAGAACGAUUCUACAGUGAAAUAUUAAAUUUUGGAAUUGAAAGUUUGGAAGAGUUGUUUGUGGAAACUAAUAAAUUGCAUGAGAUGAACAAGAACGCCGUGUUACAGGACUGGGUUGCCGCGUUCUCCGACAGAUUUUACUGCUUGAAGGAUAUUAACGACCUGAAUGGAGAUAACUUUGAUGUCAAAGUUGUUCAAUGGAUGGUGCUUCAUUUCUGUGAUAGGUUGGACACCCUGGAGUCGGAAAAUGAAAUUAAUCCUGGAUUGAGAGAUAUGAUUGGAUAUUCGUCCUUUGAUGGAAUUGAUAUUGUUGAGUUGGAGUUAUCUACAGGUCCUGCUAGAACAAACAAGAAUUUAAAACUUGUAACUAAAGAAGAAAAUAUUUUUAAACCUAUUUCAACUGAAGAUACUGAUAAAAUAACUGAGGUUGUUCCAGAAGUUGCUGAAGAAGUUAUUCCCUUGGAGUCAAGUAUAAAGGAGCACCUGGAGUUUAAAUUAUCUUCAGACCAUAUGGAUGCGUCGUCCUCUAUUCUACAGAAAACAACGUUUUUAUCAAAUGAACCAAUGUCUAAAGAAUCUGAGAAAGACAGGAAAUCCAUGGAAUCUGAAGAAAUUAAGAUUUUAGCAGAAAAUAUUAUGACAGAGAAUUCUGUUACUGUAAUACUAAAUAGUUUCAAAGAAGAUGAACAGAAGAAAACAGACUCCGAACCUCAUCCACCUAAAUCUGUUUUAUCUGUUAUCCCUGAGAAAACCAAACCAAGUCUUGGUAAGGAACUAAUCACCACCAAUAAAGCAACAGAAAUUGAAAAUAAAAAGGUUUCUCUUCAUGACAACCCAGAGAAGAUUCCUUCUCUUAAGACUGAAAUCAAGAAGAAAUCCUCGGAAAAAUCAAACGAGACCUCCCCCAUAAAGGUUAAGAUUAAAACAGCAACAACCACUCUGAGUCCGCAAAAGCCUUUAAUUGUCUCAUCUCAAUCAACAAAUCCCUUGAUAGAGAAGAAAACUAAUCCUACCAAUUCUAAAUCAAAGAUGAAUUCUCCUUCCAAGACGGGAAAGAUUUCCCCCACGGAGAACGAACGCAAACCAAUUACUAAAAAGAGUACACCCCCAAAAGCAGAAAAGAGUAAUGAUGAUAAACAAUCCUUAAAGAGUAUUGAAAAGAUAUCUAAACCAUCAACUUCGCAUCAAAAGAGAGUUAUAACUUCCUCUCAAUCUCAAAAGAUCACUGCGCCUUUAGAUCCUGACGAGGACUUCUGCGAUCUUUUCCUUGGUGUAAAAAUGGACGCCUCCAAGACAGAGUGCAGCGUUAUGAUCUUCAACGAUGAGUUCCCGACCAACGCCGUUUUCUCGGCCAGGAACCUUUAUAUCCACGGUCUUCAGGUACAGGAGGAUGCCGAUGUGGAAAAGCUGUUGAAGGGUAAGGGUGAGGAUCAGGACUUGAUCCUGGUCCAUAUCCCCCGACUCAACAAGGAUGGAAUAUCCACUAGUGAGGUUUCUAUCCCCCUCUCCUCCUGGGACGAUGGAAAAUUCUUCUUUAGUGGAUUUGUUAUGUAUCAUGAACCAAAGGAUAAGUACUGUGUUGCUUUUGUGAAGGAGAAGUUCAUCCACACUGCUAUUGUGCCGCGUAACAAAAUUAAAACAUUCGACAACGCGGAGAACUCUUUAAACCUUGAACCCGGCCUCGAGGUUAAACUUAUGGUCAAGGUUAGAUCUGGAAAGAUUUCUCCGGCGGACGGAGUUGAAUACAGAGCUACUCUGUGUAUCCCGAACCCGGAUAAGAAAUAUUAUGAUAUGGUGGAGACGACUAAUUGGGCAGAGAAGACUAGGAGACACAUGUCUGACCCGGAUACUUUGCAGGAUCUUGAGGAUAGUUUGAGUAAGCGGGUAGUGUUUAUCCCGGUAUUGGAGAAGAAUCGAACCUUCUUCCUGGUUCGGGCCAAGGAUAGAAAAUCCUGUAUAGAUGGUUACAAUAGGAUCAUGGAAACUAAAACAGUCUUUGAACAAUUUCCAGGAAACCGACCCAAGUACCGCGCUGCACUAGAGGUAUACAUGGAUUCUCUCCCCCUUGCUAGUUCUGUUCAGCCUGCAGGGUUAACCCAUCUCCAGCUAAUAGCUCAUUACACAGGGACUACCCUCAGACUCCAGGAGAAUGAAAUCGCUAUAGAAGGUUACUCUGACUCCCUGGUUUCACUGGCAAAGAGAAUUCUCGGUUAUAACAUCGGAAAAUCUAAUCACAAUGUUGUAGAGAUGGGUUCGGUUGUUAGCACUACAGAAACCAAGAAACCUGCUUACAGGAAACCUUCUCCGGUUCCGGGACCAAUAACGAUUUGCCUGGACGAAGUAACUUCAACUACAGGCGGAGACUUAGUAGAGUCAACUCCGGCAGUUGAAACAAGUACUCCGGCACACAAGAAUGAUACUAGAUCAGAGCAGAUUGAUGUGCUCACUGUGCCGGAUGAGGAGGAGGAGACACUCCGACAGAUCUUCUAUGGAACCAAGAACCAGGAUUAUAUUGAGCUGAAGCUAGGGAAGAAAAUGACUGUGGGACCUGGAGACGAGAGAUCCUUGUCCCUCAGCCUGAAGCAGAAGUUGACGAAGAAGUACAUCUUACACACACAUUUCGAGUUCGAACAGUUUCAAGACAAGUUGGAGCUUGUACUGGAACUCAUCAACGGAACUAACGUUCUUGUGGAUUUGAAAAAUAUAAGUUCUGCUCCAGUAUCACUGGAGGCAGAUCAGAAUAUUGUUUUGCUAGAGGAGAGGAUUCCUAAGGCGACACUACCGGAGAAGAAAAAGUUCAAGAAAUCUCCGAUCUUGGUGAAGAAAAAAGUUUCAAGUUUAGGAGGAAUAAAAAAUCCGGCCACGGUGAAUGCAAACCUUAAACCUCAGACGGAUACAAGACUUGAACCUGGAUCAUCUAAACCUGAACCCCAACCUUCUCCCGUCAAACCUAGCGCAGAGGUUCAAUCUGGAGAACCUACCAGCCUGAGACGGUAUAAUGUCAAGCUGCAGGAGAGUAUUGAGAUACCAAGUAAGAACGUGAGCUAUGCCGAGGUUCUGGUGGAGAACGGAGACGAUCAUGUUUACGGAAAAGUUCAUGAGAUUAUCCGUCAUCCGGAUUUUAAAAGCAGCGCAAUAUUUAUCCCGGAGCGACAGAAGAAGAAGAUUUGUCGAGACGAGAAGCUCCACAUGAGUAUCCGGAACAGGUUGGAUAUAGCUAAACACCUAGUCAAGGGGAAGGUUGUCGGUCAGAUCAUUGUCAGGGUUAGGUCUGGUAAGAAGAGAGAGAAUGAAACUAAAUCCGAAAUAACGACAAAGAAACGAAAACUGAGCGAGGAAGACGGUAAAAUCUCUCCUACUCUAACCAGACCUGGAGCUAAGGGAACAGAGAAGGAUAAGAGUAAAAUACUUGCUUUGUUUAAACAAGCAAUCAUUGAGAAUCCGAGUACUCUUACUGCAACCAAGGUUCAAGAUGCAUCUGGAGUAAAAGCGAUAGAACUAGAUGGAGAAGGUAUUUUCAGUGGUGAGAAGAAAAGUUGUGAAGACCUGCCGAAGAAUCGGUGUAAUCAUGUUGACCUGAAACCCCAGGCCUGUAAGGUAGGUUUGCUAGGAAACCAGUGUUCUGUUCCUGGCUGCCUAUCCUCCCUCCAGCACACCUUCAGUCAGGAGUUCAUUAAACUACGCAACUCUGAAUACUGUAUGGAUUAUCUAACUAAGAAAGUUUGCGCUAAGAGUUUCCCUCCGUUUGUUUGUCCCGCCUUGAACCAUGUUUACGAUGUAAACAAUAUUUGUAGGUUUUACGAGUCCUAUGUGGAGAAUAGCAAGGAGAAAUGUGAAAAUUGCAAGAGGUUGGAGGCUGAGAAAACAGCUACAUCAUCUCAACCACCCGGAGAAGUAAAUCCCAAACCUGCAGACUUAGAGACUGAGAAAGGACCUAAAUAUGGAACUGAGACUGAGGAUCCAGAAAAGAAAGCAGUCAGCACGGAUGAUGAUGAUAUCGAGAUCAUUGAUAAACCUGAACCAGUCGUAGAACCUGGUCUCAGGAUGAAAUGUACUCAUAUCUCCCUGAAUACCCAGAUAUGCCCGGAUAUAGGACACUGCAACACUAAAGGUUGCCAGGCUGCCCACAGUAUAAACUCCAUCCUAAAUAUCCGCUAUUGUAUGGACUACUUGAGAAUUGGAUGUUCUAAACUAAACUGUUUCCCCCACUACACUCCAUCUCAGCUCCAGAAAGCGUAUAUCCUCACUCUCAAGGAAACUGUUCUCAACUGUAAGAAAUGCUCGUUUAACUGCAAGCUCUUUAAUCCAAUGGAUAGACGAUACAGGCAGGAUAGAAUAUGUUAUAAAGAAUAUACAGCCAGCUGUCGGAGGAAAUCCGAGUGUAAUUUUAUUCAUUUCUCCGAGGUUCAACAUCUUAAGAUGCCUCCUCCUUGCAAAACAUUUGCCUUGAAGGAAUCCUGUCCCCGGAGAGGGAUGGAGAAGGGAGUUGUUCAUCUUACACAUCAGAAAUAUCAGAAUAAUUUGCAGGGAAUCCUUAAGAAGAACGAACGAAGGUGUUCUCUGUGUCAGGACGAGCUGAAGGAGGGGUGGAGACUGUUCAGAGAGAACCUGGAGAAGUUUGAAUCCCCAAGUAGGGUUGAAGCCGAUUCUUCAAGAGACCCUACUUCUAUCCCCGAGUCCUUGAUCGCUCCAACAAUUAAACCUUUAGAAAACAAUAUGACGCAAAAUGACCAGGAAACCAGGAACGUUGGAGACCUUAACCCAGGGAUCAAAUCCCUAGGUAAUGAAGAACUGGAUCCCAAAUCUGACUUGAAUCCAGUCAACAAAGAAGCAGAUAAACCUGGGAAUUUGCCAGAAAUGAUUUCCCAAAAUUGUGGAAAUGUCCAGGAGAAUAAACAGCCCGCUACACGGGAAUUAAGGCCGGAGAGGAAAGAACCAACUAACACUAUUGAACAGAUGGAGAACAUCAAGCACAUGGAGAAGGUUCAACAUCCAACCCUUGUAAUAGAUUAUAAUAUAGUAGGUGCUGUUAAAACAACAUCUUUAACCACUGGUAAGUCUUCUUCUGUUCCACCUACAAACGUGGUUCCAUUGUCAAUAAAAGAGGCAGCAUCCACAGCAGCUACCAAGGCAAUUGCCCCAUUAACAGCUAAGGCAAAUAUCCCAUCAACGGAUAAGAUCAUUGCUCCACAAAUGGCCAAGGUAAUUGUCCCAUCAACGGAUAAGACAAUUGACCAACCAACGGCCAAGGUAAUUGUCCCAUCAACGGCCAAGACAAUUACCCCACCAACGACCAAGGUAAUUGUCCCAUCAACGGAAAAGCUACCAGCUCCAUCAACGGAUAAGGGAUCUGCCUCGUUAACGGCCAAAACAAUUGCUCCAUCAAUGGAUAAAGCAAUUACCCCAUCAACUGAAAAAAAUACGCCACAUCAAACUAAUAUCCUUAUUCAAACUGAAAAGAAAACACUCCCAAUAGCUGAGAAGACCACUGUAAAGGAAACACCCCCAACUACUGGAAAGUUAACGCCCCCAUCUACUGGAAAGGUAACACCCCUGACUACUGGAAAGGAAACGCCCCCAACUAUUGGAAAGGCAACACCCUCAACUAUUGGAAAGGAAACGCCCCCAACUACUGUAAAGGCAACACCCCCAACUAUUGGAAAGGAAACGCCCCCAACUACUGGAAAGGAAACGCCCCCAACUACUGGAAAGGAAACGCCCCCAACUACUGGAAAUGCAGCACCCCCAGCAACUCUAAUGGUAAUGCCCCUAGCAACUAAUAAAGAUAUUCCCCUUCAAACAUGUAAUAAUACACCCAUGCCAUCUGACAAGACGUUACUAACCACUUCAGAAAAUCAUCCUUCAAGUAUUAUGAAUGCUAACUCAUCAUGGACUGCUAAAUCAACUCCACAAUCUUCAUGGACAUCCAAUUCUCCAUGGCUUCAAACUUCGUCAUCAUCAUCCUCAUGGCCAGCUAAUUCUUCAUCAUCUCCUUCAUGGUCUUCUUCAUCUUCAUGGGCUGCUAAUUCCCAGCAAUCUACUGGUAGAGUUCCAGCCCCACCCAUCUCUCGACCGCUUCCUCCCUACUCUGGACAUAAUCUACCACAAUCCACAACAAAAACUACCCUCAACUCCAACCAAGGACGUGUGCCUGGAAGACUCCCUGAGAACCGUCCUGGAUCCUACCAAUCGUAUCCGAACUAUGAUGAGUCUAGGAAACGAAAGGUGUGUCCCUACUUUAAUUCCAUCUCUAAGUGUAAGAGGGGAAAUCACUGUCCGAACUAUCACGAUUUAUCCCUGAAAACCUGCAGAUUCUGGGCAGCCGGACACUGCUCAUACGGAGCCAGGUGUAAAAGUAAACAUUAAACUUUUUCAAUUCACUUGUGUAUUUUUUACCUUGGAUCACACCUCACAUUUUACAUCUUAAACUAAUCUGUAAUCACGCUUCGCUCACCUAACUUGACAACUAUGAUGUGAUAUUGUUGUAGACCUGUAUUUUUAAAUAAAUUUCCUUCUUACAGGAUUGAA